CCCGCGGGCGGGGCGGGAAGGGGGGGUGGCGGGCUGCCCACUGCCCUCCGGGGACAUAAAAGGCGGCGGCCGGAGCCCGCCUGUGUCUUCCGGCGGCGGCGGCACCAUGACCGCCAUCGGGGCGCAGGCACAGAGGCUGCUGGCACACCGGAGACCACAGAAAUCCUUCUUUGAGACACUCAUCAGGAGCUUGAUCAUCUUGUGUGUGGCAAUAGCAGUGGUCUUGUCGUCCAUCUCUGUCUGCGAUGGCCGCUGGCUCUUUGCAAGGGGACAGCUCUUCGGACUGUGGCACUUCUGCACCGUUAGCAAUGGCAGUGUCCUCAAGUGUGUCACUGACUUCAGCCUGGCCGAGGUGGAGGGGCUGAGCAUGGGGGUGAUUCCUGUAAGGAGCAUGGUGUCCUUUGCUGUUGUGGUUGCCAUAUUUGGCCUGGAGCUGCUGAUGGUGUCCCAGGUCUGUGAGGAUGCCAAUGCAAGGCGGAAGUGGUCAAUGGGCUCAGUUCUCAUCCUUGCCUCGUUUUUGCUGUCAGCCACCGGUGUCCUGAGCUUCUCCAUCCUUGUAAAGGAUCACCUCACCUUCACAGGCUUCACACUGACGUACUGGUGUGAAUUCAUUGCUGCCUUUCUCUUCUUCCUUAACGGGAUCAGCGGACUUCACAUCAACAGCCUCACACACCCCAGGAACAGGGUAGGCAAGAUCUAGGUGCAAAGGAUGUACUCCACCUUUGUGUAAUCAGUUUUGCCAAUUAGACUGGAAAAAAGAGUGUCUAAUGAAGCUUGAAAAGGACACCAUGUCUUAAAUUGUGUGCAAAGUGGGGAAGCAUGAGUCAGUCUUGAUGGCUGUAGAAGACUUACCCACCCACUGGUCAGCAUGAAGGGCUGCACAACAGGAGCAAAGCCAACCGGGACUGGCUGUUGCAGUGCAGUUUCUGGAAGAGUGGAUUAAAAGAGGGUGUUCUGUCAAACAUGUGGAGGGGUAGCAGUCUGUGAUCUACAGACACGGGCUAUUUUGAGGCUUAUAUGAAGCCUGUACUUUUAUCGGUUUGGUCUUCCUACGAUUUCCCCUGUACUCUGAGCCUGUGAAUAGUGGCAUAACUUUGGUGUGUGUCGUGGCUCUGCUCUGCCCUGGAGACAAAUGAUUUGUGGCUGGUCGUGCUCAGUGGCACAGAGUAUUGAAAAUCUCAACAGGAUCUCACUCCUCCACUUAUAUUUCAAAAGAGCAGGCACACAGGUCUUGAUCUGGUUACUCAUUUUGUGUGUCUGCUGGCAUGUUCCCUGUAUCUGAUCUGUUUUUCUGGGACACUUAUGACAGAAGCAGAGAUGUAGCUGCCCUGGGACCAAGAGCGGGCUCUGGGUGUGAUGCAGGUGUAGAAGGAAGGAUUUUGAUGUAUUCCUUGGGCAGCAGUGUAUGUUCCUGUGUUCAAAUCCUCUACUCGCUGUCACCACUCCUCUGCUAUGCUUGUAGGAUGUGUGCCAAUAGGUCACCCAGACUGGUUCCCUUUGCCCUUGCAGAGUUCACUGUAAUGGACUGUUGCUCUUCCUGGUUUCCUUCUUGUCCACUUGGGAGAAAAGGGACAAGCUCUGCAGGGCUUCAGGUGGGCGUUGUGGCUGGGCAGACCGUGCUGAGAACAUCAAACCUUCUGGGCUGUGUUUUGGUUGUCAGGGCUCCCUGCUUGGGCAAUAGGAAAUCUCAUCCUGGAGCUGAGCCUCCUGCAGCAUUUCUUCUGGGAGGUGAAAGCUCUAAAUCCUCGUGACCAAAGUCCCACUCUUCCCCUGAGUAACAGUGGGCCUGGGAGGAGAAACAGUCCAUGACAGCAGCUCUAAUCUGUCACAGCUGGUGGAAAUACAAAAAGUCUUGGUCAAAAUUACAUUAAGGCUGGUUCUCCUCCUGCCAGUGCCUGAAUUGAGAUCUCUGAAAUUGCUGCAGCUUUGAAGUUCCCCAUGGUGUCUGAUGUAAAAGGGGAGACCUCAGGGGCUGGUUACCCUAUGUAUGUCCUCCUGUCUUGCAUUCAGCUCUCUGUUGCCCACCAGUAAUAAUGUCUUCCGAGUAUUUCAGGGUUUCUGGUUUAAGCUUGUAUUGUGUCCACUGGUAAAUCCAAUUGUGUUUGUGUUCUAGGAUAAAUGUUUCUACAUGUUUCAUUGCUGUAGCUUGUCUGAUAGCUGUUGAGCAAGGUUUUCAUUUCCUGUGCAGCAAGUUUGCCAAUUUUUCACCUGAAACAAAAGGGUCAUAGCACAAAGGCCAAGAAAGCUGUGAAAGUGAGCCACGAGUAAACAGAUUUGUCUUUGAAAGCUGAGAAUCUGAAGUCCUGCCUAAACAUACAUCUACACUUGCCGGAUGGGCUCCUGUGAACUUGCUUGCCUUCAUGAGGAUAGUCUCCAUUCCUUCUCAGAUCUCCGUAACUUUUAAAGACAAUACUCCUGUGCCUGUUUUGUGAUGCAGUUUCAGAUCAGGCUUGCUCUGGACACUGUCACUUGUGCUUUUGCACAUGAAUCUGCCCUUCUUCCUGGUGAGAUAAUGCACAGAGCUGUGCUACCCAGGCAGCUUCUGAAGCUCUUGCAAUGGCUGGGGCUUUAUUAGGCUUUCUUGACCUGCUUUUAAGGACAAGGACUUGUGCCCUUCACCUGCCUCUGGAAAACUGGACUGUGAUUGUGUUUCUGUGAAGGUGCUUUUGAUUUGUUGAAUUGCACUGUUAAAGAUGUGCUAGUGGGCUGAACUUGGACAAGUUGGUGUGAACAGUGCUGUGAAUUUAGCAGAGCCACUCACCUGAGAGGGAGUCUGCAAGUUCUGGUCCCAAACUGUUGCACUUUGGAGUUACUAGGUGGUGUAGAGUGCCUUAACCAAUAACUCAGUUGUGGUGCCUAGGGGUGCCUAUGUCAGGCGAGACAGUUCACCUACCAAAGGUUAAGGGUGUCCAUGGCUUGUCUGGAAAAGUGGGUGUAACCUCAAAGUGUCUUCUUGCUGACAUCCAAAACUGGAAAUCAAUUCUUCAUGUGCUAGCAGGAGGCUGUGGCCCCAGUCCUUUCCCUGGGUGAAGGCAGUAGCCAAACUAUCCCAGCCUGAUGCCUCCCACUGUGGUUAGAAGAAAGCAGUGAAAUUGGCCACUGAGUUCACCCAAGACUUGGUGCAAUUAUGAACGAUUUUAGGAUGCCUUCUGCUAGCUGAAGGAGAGGCCUUUUGUUAGGGGUAGGGAAUCCUCUAGGGAAAACACAAUAACUUUUUUCCAACUACUUUUGUAUAGUACUGCUUGACUUACUAAUGCUGGGAGAAGAUCUGUUUUGAUAGCUAAAUUCGUUGUCUCACAUAUAUUCUUAUAUAAAGCAACCUGUGCAGCAAUGGGUAACUGUUGAUUUUCUGAAGCCUGUGGAAGUGUCAAGCAAUAUUCCUGAAGUUUGUUAAAUAAAUUUCUUCAAAAUAAAAGAA